CUCGACAAGCCCGUCAUCACACCCCCGUUCUCGGAAGCUGCGCAGGAGCUAGACCUGGAAAACGAGCUGCCGGUGGUCUCCUGGAGGCACGAGCCAUGGGAACCCAACUGGCUGCCCGAGGCGUGCGUGACCGAGGCCAACCACACCGGCUUCCGCGCGGCCGACUUUGAGGCGGUCGAAGUCUGGUACACCGACUGCGCAGCGUCGUGGACGGUCUGCCGGCACAAACGGGCCGACGAGUCAUGGUUGUACGUUCUGGACACCCUCGGCAGAAUCCCCGUCGGCAUGCGCCAGUACAUCUCGAACGCCGUCAUCGUGCCGCGGCCCGCCCACUCGGCUGUCAGGCCGCCCAAGCGGCUCCCAUACGCCUACGCCCGCCCAGCCCUCGGCGUCCUGACCUUCAUGCCGUCUUACUUCACCCCAGGCGUCAUCCUCCACGAAACAGGACACCUCCUCGACGUCCUCUGCCCGGCCCUGACCACCACCAUCCCCAACACAGACGCAACCGCCGCCUUCUCCCACUCCGCGCUGUGGCAGACCGCCCUCGCCGCCUCGCCCGCCCUGCCCACGCGCUACGCCGCCACCAGCCUGGCCGAGAGCUUCGCCGACGCCGUGCGCUGGGCCGUCAGCGCCGUCGCGCACGGCCCGCGCGGCGGCCUCGCCGACUACAGCCCCGGCUGGGCCGGCUGCGCGCCGCUCGUGCACGUCGUCCGCGCCCUGCUGGAGGGGGUUAUAUGGCCUGCUUCGGGGCGGUGUGAAGGGAGGGUGAAAGGCGGU